UACUAAUUUGCACUUUCCAUUUUCAAGAAGAGCAACAUACUCCCAAUUCUUUUCCAUAUUCGUUUGGUUUCGAUUUUACACGUUUCAAGACUUAAUUUUUUUCCCCUUUUCAUAAUCUUCUUCUUCAUUGAAUCAUUUCUUCCCCAAAAUUUCUGAAUGCAUCACCUCAUCUCACCUCCCAAAUCCCUAAUUUCAUCUAAUGUCUUCCCUUCACUCUCUCUCCUACCACCCUCAAACCCUAAUUCCAAUUUCCCUUCAUUUUCCUCAAAUUCAUCAAAGACCCUCAGAAAUUCAAUCGUUAAUUGCAGAGGAAUCGAAGUUUCCGUCGUAAAUAAUCACUCUUAUUCACUCAAUUCUUCCAGUAAUGGCUCCAAUUCGAAAAAUGUAGGAGUUAAAGAUGUUGAUAUUGCGACGCUUGGAAAUCUUUGCGUCGACAUUGUUCUUAAUGUUCCUCAACUUCCACCAAAGCCGCUUGAUGAGAGAGAAGCUUACAUGGACGCUUUGUCUUCUUCUCCACCUGAUAAGCAAUAUUGGGAAGCUGGUGGUCACUGUAACACGGCUAUUGCAGCAGCCAGACUGGGACUUCGAUGCCUCGCUAUUGGUCAUGUGGGAAAUGAGAUCUACGGGCGUUUUCUUCUGGAUGUGCUACAUAAUGAAGGAGUCAAUUUUGUCGAGAUGGUUGAUGACCUUGAAUCCAUUAGGAGUGCAACUGAAGCAUAUAAAACCCUCCUUUGCUGGGUUUUGGUGGAUCCUCUGCAAAAGCAUGGUUUUUGCAGCCGAGCAGAUUUUACUGCAGAGCCUGCUUUUAGUUGGAUAACUGACCUGUCAAGGGAUGUAAAAUUGGCUAUCAAACAGUCUAAGAUUUUGGUGGUCAAUGGGUAUGGAUUCGAUGAGCUAUCCCCUGUGUUUAUAGUGUCUGCUUUGAGGUAUGCUGUGGAAGCUGGGACUUCUGUGUUCUUUGAUCCUGGGCCAAAGGGGAAAUCUCUGUCUACUGGAACUCCUGAAGAACAAAUGGUUUUUCAUGAGCUUUUGAAGAUGAGUGAUGUUGUUCUUCUAACUUCUGAUGAGGCUGAAUCCUUGACUGGCAUUGCAAACCCUAUAUCAGCUGGGAAAGAGUUGCUCAAAAGAGGGUCAAGGACCAAAUGGGUUAUCAUUAAAAUGGGAUCUAAGGGUUCAUUACUCAUCACUUUGUCUGGAACCUCUUAUGCACCAUCCUAUAAGGUAACAGUCAUUGACACUGUUGGCUGUGGAGAUAGUUUUGUGGCUGCUGUAGCAUUCGGUUUCGUGCACGAGAUGCCAAUGAUCCAUACAUUAGCUAUAGCUAAUGCAGUUGGUGCUGCUACAGCUACGGGCUGUGGUGCUGGCAGGAAUGUUGCAACCUUUACAAAGACAAUGGAACUCAUCAAGACCGGUGAUCUAAACGAGAACGAUAAAUUUUGGAGGGAUCUUUUUGACAAAAGCAUGGAGAUUCAGGAUUUUUCUUUGCUAUCGAAGAAAGUAAAUGAAAUAGAUAGUGAAUUGAAAUGUGUACCUUUAGAAAAAAUAAUUCCUGAAUUGACGAGUAAACUUGAAUUAGCUAAGCUAUUCACUAAAAUCUUCUCUUCUGAAUCAUGAUUAUUCAUUAGUACACUUAAUUAUUGAUUAUUGGCAUGCCUCAUCUGUCAUCCCUUCUCUUCCCCCAUUUGUAUUUUGGGAGAGGUGGGGUGAAUUUUGGUUGGCUGUUCAUGAUCAGCAGUGGUCAUCUCUAUGCUGUAAUGGAACUGCAAAUAUUUGCAGAAAUCGAUUGUGGUGGAAAUGGUACCGACUCAUUGAAUUUUUGUAACUAGAUUUAGAAGGAUGUAAAAUAUGUUAUUUGAGAUACAAAUUCUUAUAUGCAAUGUAAUAGAUCAUUAAUUGA